GUGUUAUGGGAGAAUGAGGCAGUUUAGGACUUGGGUAUUUGAGUGUGAAUUCUUCCUUUCCACACUCACAAAACAUGUCUUCAUCAUCUUUUUUCUGUCAUCCUUUUUUAUAUCAGGAAUAUUUAAUGCGGACAUCUGUAAUAAGGAUUUGACAUCCGCCCGACUGAAAACAGCCCUUCACCAGAAAUCAGUGCCACGCCAGCUCUACAAUGCAGGAAAUUUCACACGAGACUCAACUGCCAAAGAUAUUGUUAACUGUAUCAUAAGCUGCUGUGAUCAGCCCACCUGUGAUACAGUCUUAUUCCACAACAGCACAUGUUACCAUAUAAAGUGCAAUGUAUCAUGGGAAGGAUCAUGUGACCCUACCACAAAAUCAGAUGACAAAUUUAACACAACUAUUUAUGUAGAGGUGCGGUCUGUUGAAUAUGUUAAACAGUCCAUGGUAAAACCUGAGGAAGAUGGUGGUGAGAAAUCUUGUGAUCUCCAAACACAUGCUGGAUGUCCAGACAAUGAAGAAUGCAAGUUGGAUGAUCAGUUUGAAAAGGCGAAAUGUCGAUGUAUCGCUGGAUAUGUGAGAGACACCAAUACAGGCAUUUGUAAAGCUUUGGAAGAAAAACCUGUCAAGAUAUCAUGUCAGGAUGGGAUGGAAGAAUCAUGCGGUGAAAAUGAACGGUGUUUUGUCUCAGAUCAAAUCACAUCCAAUGCUGGUCUGUGUGUGUGUUUGGAUGGCUUCCAUAGGGAUGACACAAGACAAUGUGUCAAAGCGGCCCCGUCCCUGUGUGACACUGACAAAGAGAAUGACUGUGGAGUAAACGAACGAUGUGAUGUUCCAGUAGGACUGCCAACACGCCUAGGGACAUGUGUUUGUGUUCAGGGAUACCAUCGUAACCAGGACAACCAGUGUGUCAUUGACCCAGGGGCACCUGCUACCCCCAUGACUCCUGUGGUCACCACGCUUCAACUUCCCAUAUCUAAGAUGAAACCUUGCACCUAUGGCAUUCCCCACACCUGUCCUGAUCACAUGAUCUGCUUCAUCCCUGAGUCUUCCAAGAAACGAACUGGUCUCUGUACCUGUGACACUGGCUAUGAAAUGGACCAGGAGGCUCAAUGUCACCCCAAAGAUGAAAAUGAUGCAGGAAUAGUUACUGAUGCAACAAUAGAAAAACAUGUGGGAGGGAAAGUGGUAGCAAAGAAAAUACCAACCAAAGUUCCAAAAAUACAGGGACUUACUGUUUCUGCUGGAGAAAAUAAAGUGGUCCAACUUCCUGACAACAACGUGACUCUAAGUGCCUUCGUUCUGGAAACCAAAUCAGAUGGAGAGACAUUCAAUUAUGAAUGGACCCUGAUUACCUCCCCUGCUGGCGCAGAGACAGGAACAAUGGUCGGAAAGAACACAGAUACCCUACAUCUCACAAAGUUGAUCGCUGGCUUGUACACCUUCAAGAUCAAGGUAACCGGACAGAAACGGGAAGGGUCAGGACUGGUUAAUGUCACCGUCCAACCAGUGGCCAGGAAAAACCGUCCACCAGUAGCCAUCAUAAAACCAGCAAAACAAACCAUCAAAGUUCCAAACCUUGCCAUCUUGGAUGGUUCAGUGAGUACUGAUGAUGACCAGAUUGUGAUGUACCAUUGGGAGGAAAUCAGUGGACCAAUACAGGAUCAACAGUUCACAGACAACAGAGCUAUUCUCAAACUGAAAGAGCUAGCACCAGGCAAAUACCAGUUCAAGUUGACAGUAACAGAUUCUGAUGGUGCCACUAACUCCACCAUUGCCAACGUCACUGUAAUUAAAGAACUAGACUACCCUCCUAAAGCCAAUGCUGGAUCCGAUAUCAUCAUCCGUCUCCCUCAAAACACUGUGAAACUAUGUGGAAACAUGAGCACGGAUGAUAAAGGCAUUGUCUCGUACGAGUGGAUCAAGUCAGCUGAUGAUAAACUCACGGCUGAUAUGUCUGGCGUGCGAUCUGUCUGUCUUACACUAUCAAAUCUCCAGGAGGGGGACUACGCCUUCACUCUCAAGGUCACUGACACUGCUCAACAGACAUCUUCAGCAGAUGUCCAUGUGUUUGUUAAAGCAGAGGUGAACAAACCGCCUGUCGCUGUGACUGGGUUCCGUAAGACAGUACACCUACCGUUAGAUUACAUCAUAUUGGACGGCAGUAACAGUUCAGACGACAAAGCAAUAGCACACUACCAGUGGAUGAUGAUCAAUGGACCAGAUGACGUGAUGUUACAGGAUUCCACGAAAGCUAUAGCCAAACUAACAGGGAAUAUUGUGAUUGGUCAGUACCAUUUUACCCUCACUGUAGCUGAUGAGGAAGAGCUCCACUCAACAGCCCAGCUCUUUAUCAUCGUGGAAGAGAAUAUUAAUGAACGACCUGUUGCUAGAGCUGGAAAGGACCAGAUUGUAACGCUUCCUCACAGCCUUGUUAGAAUAGAUGGCUCUCGAUCAUCUGAUGAUAAAGGCAUCACCGAUUACUCUUGGACUCGCAACAGUAAAAGUCUGGCUGCAGGGGAAGUACUGAAUGGAUCAGAUCACCAAGCUGUUCUCCAGCUAACAAACCUUGUGGCAGGGCGCUACAUCUUCACACUCAAAGUGACUGAUGAAGAGGGCCUGGAGAGCACAGACUCUGCUUCUCUUGUGGUCAAGGAUGAUCCUCAUGCUUCUGAUGUCAUUGAACUUCUCAUUGAUGCAGAUAUAAAGCAGUUCACUGAAGAAGACAAGGCAAAUCUGCAACAUGAGCUGGCAUUAUUGUUGCCAAAGUCCCCAAAAGGUGAAACUACGGUACGAAUUGGAAAUCUAGAGAAAGAUACGAGUCAGGGCGUGUUGAAGGUGAAAUUUUACGCUCAAACAGUGGGAAAAGAUUUCCAAUCAUUCCACAGUGGUAUUGAGACACAAAAGGUGCUAAAACAAAAAAUCAAAGAUUCGGGUUCACAUCUCCUCAACUUCCGAGUUCUGGCCAUCGAAACUGAGGUUUGCCAGAAUAAUUGUUCAAACCAUGGCCACUGUGAUAUUAGAACAAGGAAGUGUGUGUGUGAGGCAUUCUGGAUGCAGGAUCUCUUUGUUGCCUAUUUUACGGAUGGAGAGAGUAACUGUAACUGGAGCGUGCUGUAUGUUGUGAUAAUCGCAUUCUUGGUGGUUGUUGGUCAGGCGGCCAUGGUAUGGGGAAUCAUUUGUUUUUGUAAGAAACGCAGGUGUAAGUGUAAGUGGAGGUCAAAGAAGAGACAUAGGUACUCACUGCUUCAGGAGGUUGAUUAUAAAGAUGAAAUGGAGCUGAUACCUAAAGGAAAAAUCCAAAACAGCAGCGUGAUGAUUUCUGAGUCGGAUUUUACAAGUGAGGAAGAAACUUUAUUUGUGAACCAUAAAAAGACAAAUGGUUUUCUUCAGAAACCACUCAAUGGUAUUUCCAAACAACAUUUAAAAACAAAAUUAAAAACAUGAACUAUGGCAGUGAGUAAUGCUUCAUUAGAAUCAUUCCUUAAAUCCGUUGUGACUCAAGACUUUGUUAGACCAACAAACUCUCAUUGUCUUCAAAGUGAUGAAAUUCUCACAUCUACAUGAUGUAUUAUAAGUCCUUUCUACAAAACUGUUUCCUUAGAGGGAGCUGAUGUUCUGUGAUGUAAAAUGUCAAGGCUGACAUUCAGACUCAAACUUCUGCACUAAGUGAAACCUCAUUUACAACAGCUCUGAGCUGGGAAUCUUGGCCAAUUGAUCUCAUUUUAGACUAUAAAAAUUCCCGAGGUUCCAAGUAUUGCAUCAAGUUGUUGUCAAAUCUGAACUUUAGGUCUUUUGUUGGGAGUGGCAGGCUGAUGUUUUACUUAGGGGGGGAUUUGCAUGUUUUCUGAUCAUCUUCAUACACCAUGUUACUCAUACCUAAUCCAGCCAUCUCUAUCAUCUGUCAUCACAUAGGUCAGAGGUCAUUCUCCACCGAGAGGGAUAUAAAAGGUCAAAGUUCAUCACAUCAAAUCACUUAUGGUGAUAGUAGGUGAAUUUUCAUUUUGAUGGGUGGGAUGUAUGUAUUAUGUUUAUGUAUUAUACAUGUAUAUAUAACUGAUAUCCAUGGCAACAGAGUACAAAUUCACUGAUUUGACAACUCUAUAAUCUAGGUUUGUGUUAAAAUUGUUAUCAAGGGGUUGUUUUUACUGUUAGUACUAUAUGUGCUUAUGAAAAUACCUCCAAAGUUUAAGGUACUUUGAAGAAAUUUAGUGUAGAUUAAUUGCAGUAAAAAACCAGAAUUUAUCAGACUAAAUGCGGUAUGACAUGGCAUCACGCUAUAUUUGUUCUUUAUCAAUUGUAGGAGAGAUAUAGAGAUAUUAAAUACAAAUUGUUGAUUCAUAUCAAGCUAAUUGUGAUCCUAUUUAGUAUAUGCAUUGAUAGGCCUCAUUUUCAAUCAAAAUUGCUUCGCCAAGAAAUCCUGCUUCGUGAUUUUACAGAUGUACUGACCUGUUUACCCACACCAUUAUAUUACCGUAUUUUUCCUAUUGUAAGUGCCAACAAAACAUAACAUCUGACUCCAGUCAGCAGGGGGUGGGCUUAUUACAGCACAAGGAUAAAGUAUGUGUUGGCAUUUUUGAAAAUGCAAUAGAUUUUGUUAGGCUUAUCACUAGACAUGGGCAAACUGUAGGAUAGAUCUGGUACAAACAUAUGAGGGAUUCUCACACCUAGAGAUCACAUUGUUUUAUUCUGUCAAUCAUUCCAUUCGUUACACUGGCACUGUUUAUACUAUUGUCCAUUCACUUGUACAUACAGAUAGAAAUCUAUUUAUUUUGUGAAAAAUGAUGUAAACAUGCAUUCCAUGGUGGAAAUCCAUAAUUGUUGUUCUGUCAAUAUAAAAUAUACACAGUCCUUUUCUAUGUAUCAGUAAAAAUCGAGACAAAAUAGUUCUCAUCUUUUUUCCUCUUUUCCCAAAUUGUAGAAAUUCUGAAUUGACAAAAUUUCUUAGCAGUAAGAAGGAACAUUAUGUCACACCAAAUGUUAUAAAAAUCUUGAAAAUUGCUCUGAAUGAGACCAUGUAUGCCUGUAUACUAUCAGCUUUCUAUAUAGCUAGUAAUUUGACCAUGUGCACCUAUAAACCAGUAAAUUUCUGCAUGGCUACAAAUUGGACUGGGUAAACUAAUCAAUCAUUAUUUUUCUGUAUGGCUACAAAUUUUGCUGGGUACAUGGUAGCCUAUGAAACAUUAUUUUUGUGAUUGGCUCUGAAUCUGAUUGGAUACAUCGUAGCCUAUGAACAAUUACUUUUCUGGAUGGCUACGAAUUUUACCAUCUUUGUCUAUAACUAGUAUGAUGUGGUUGUCUUUAUGCUAUUUGAUAGCAAUGUGCAAUGAUUCUGGCUUUUACAUGUGAAUGUGAAAUAUGUCCACAGUAUUAUCUGAAUAACUUCAGCCUGUAAUAGUGUAAACUGUACUGCCAUGUUAUCUGUUUCUGUAGCUUGUAAUAACAUGUAUUUAAGACGGCCAUCCUAUUGUGUUUUAUCGUUGGUAGAAACUGUAUUGUUUAACCACUGCAGUGUCUAAUGUGUAUGUCUCGUUUAGAGAACAGUAGUGUGCCACCACAUCAUAACUCAAAGUUCAGUCGAUUCUGUGGCACAUGACCAUGAUUUAACGAGGCUUUUUGACAGUACUAGUAAAUAUCAAAUCUUUUUUAUCAUAAUACCCAGGUAACACAGAAACCUACUUGAUAAAUAUUAUUUAAGAUACCUUGAAAAAUAAAAUCAGUGUAUUUAUGGUAUAUUGGUAAAUUUUUCAUCACAACAUCAGUUGUAACGUAAGACUUAAUUUGGUUUUUUGAUUCUUGGUGCCCGAUGGUAGUGACAUUAAAAUGUAGGAAAAUAUUUUAUAUAAAGUGGAAUCCUAAAAGAAAGAUUUUUUGUAAUAAACAUAUCAUUGGGUUGAAAUGUACAGCCAAAGACUUUUUUUAAUACUUCUGUACCCACGUUCAUUCAUUAAUCACCAUGGAAAUACUUUUUGCUUCUUUUAAAAAUAUUUAAGGUUUUCAUUGAAUAUUGGGUUGUGAAUAUUGGGUUGCUUACAAAAAGCUUUGCUUUAAGUUUAUUAAGAUACUUUGCAGAAUGUUACAAUGUAUUAUAUAUAUGUUCACAUGAACAAUAUACAGGCUACAUUAUACAAUCCAUUUUAAUAAAUAACAAAUAUUUGAGGGUGCAUUUCAUAUAUUUAAAGGUGUUGACAUUGAACACAUUAACAUUGAAAUUUAACAGUACAUUGUGAAGUUAUUUCAUGUAUCUUGAAAGUCAUACACAGCAAUGAUUUUUUUUAUCAUAGGAUUUUCUCAGUUUCUGUUAGAUCACCAAAACCAAUAAAAUACACACUGACCAUCUCUGUUGAAACUCGGAGUCUGUAGAUGAGAGGUCUCCAGUUCUAGGCUGUCCAUCCGAAAAGCCUUGACACAUCAUAGGGACUUGUUUCCAUAUAGCUGCUAAAUGCGGGAUGGGCAUAUUUUAAAAUUAUUCUCAAAAGCAUAAAAAAUACUGAAUUUGUGAGGUUAUAUUACAAUGAAAGUGACCACUCAAAAAAUGGGGUUUUUUUUAGUGAAAAUUUGUAUUUGUACUUGCAGUAAUGUCACAUCUGAAAAUGUUUUGUCUUCAUUAUCUAGAUGCACACUUGAUGGACUAGAAAUAUGUUAGGACAGAAACUAUUGGAUGAAAAAUAUCUGUUUUACUGAAAUGUGCAAUGAUUUCCAGAGUAAGUAUAUUUAUGGAAGGCAGUGUCUGGUUUCAACAGUAGCAGUCCAUUGUAUCACUUCCUAACGUUUGUAAACAAAAGUGUGGUGUCUAUCUGACAUCAUUUGACAUGGUGUUUUAUUUAUGCAAGACUGAAGUAGGAGUUGUCUCUUUCAGCAGGUACUCUCUUCCUGUUGUCACAGAGAGUGUGUAGAUCACUUACAGUUAACUGGACAUCAAAUGGUGCCUUCACAGAAUAGGAUUUGAAAUCUUGAUUGAAAUAAUCUCUGCUUGAAGAUUUAAUUCUUAUUACCAUUUUCUUGUACCAGCAUAAAGAUUUACAGUUCUCGAUAUUGCAAAAUGGUCAAUAACCAACUCCAUGACUGGUCAGUGUUGAGUUAAAUCCUUUGAUUGGUUGGUAUAAAAAAUAUCUGAUUAGUUGACAAGUUUAGAUUGUUUGACUGAUGCACCGAAUUUAUCAUUAUUUUUAUUUUAUUAACGGGAUUAUGCCCAUUUGAUUGGUUUGCAUGGUAUGGAUCUGACUGUCUGAUUGAAUGACAAGUUCAAACCCAAACCAUGUGGUUGGCUGGUGAGUGUUUCUCUGUAAGUUGGUAUUUUAUAUGCUGGAUGUAACGAUAGGAUUGAUGUUCAUUGAAUUCAAAUUGUUUUUUUUAAAAAAAAGAUCACUUUCAGUGGUUACUGUUUUUAUCAGUUUGUUAUUUGAAGCUGACAGUUAAUUUCUAAUUAUGAAAACUGAAACAUGCAUUUACAGAUUAACGGUCUGUAUGAUCGCCAAACAUUCUCAUUUAAUUUGUUGAUUAAUAACAGGAGUUAUUUCCCUUGUUUUUGUUAAGUGACAUCACCUGUAUAUACUUGUACAUGAUUGUAUACAAUGCAAUCCACAUUGAACUUGAUCACUGCAAUAGAACUGUGGAAUUUUGCCCAGAGUUGUUUCCUGAAAAAAUCCUAGCUAUCCGUGUCAGACUCACUAAACUUAUUAUCAUAUGCUUGUCAUGGUGAAAAAUCAAAUUUGUCUUCAAACCCAAACACAUGAAACAUUUAAAAUGUCAAAACUAAUGUAACUGGCUUCACUAAUAAGACUGAGAUUAAAAGAAGCAAAUUGUUGAAGGGAAGCGUGGUAGCCAGUAAACUCCGGCACUGCAUAAUAACCAUUCAUUUAUCCAUUAUAUAUAAGUCGAGAAAUUAUCAUUUGCAAUGAAUUUUGGUACAGAAAUUGUGUUUUUCAUCAUUACAUUACAGGGUAUAUGUAUCAGUGUGUAUGUGGUGUAAACUAAGAUAGCUGUAACAGGUAAAUAUCAGAUUUACUCCACGACAAUUGACAUUGUACGUGUUGAAAAUGAAAGAUCGGCAUAAUGAUGAAUUUCCAUUUUGAAAUUGUUCAAUGUGUUUUUAUAUUAACAAUUCUAAGCACUCCCAUGAAAUACACCCUACUGGAAGUACUUCUGGUUUAUAAGUGACUCAACAUGUCAAGGAUUAAACUGCUUAACAACUUUUUAAAGAACUAAAACUUUGUUUAAUGUCUGUAUUUUCAAGAAUUGUAAAUUCCAUGCUGGGAAUUAGUAAUUAUCCACCUAUUGUGAGGACAUAACAGAUUACAUAAAAUGUGAUAAAUAAAUAACUUAUAGUGUAGAAACAAGUUAGAAACUAUUCUCUCAUGUUGCUGUGUAAAUCUACAAAUGAUUAUUGUUAAGUAUAUGUAAAGUGAAAUAGAACUUAGCGUUAUGUAUGUGUACACUGUUAAGUAUAUGUAAAGUGAAAAUAGAACUUAGCGUUAUGUAUGUGUACACUGUUAAGUAUAUGUACAGUGAAAAUAGAACUAUUUAUAUAGUAUGCUCAAGAAUUACUACAUAUAUAUCCAUGUAUGAAUGUGUUGGUAUAUUGUGUGAGAAUGUCUGAUAACAUGUUGCCGGGGUGAACUCCCCUCCCAUCAGUAAAGGACAACUCUGAUAUGUGCAAUGUUCUUUAUCAAAUCCUGAUGUACAAGACUAUUAAUACUUUGACAAACUAUUUAUCUUUUUUUCUCUUAGUUUUGAAGUCCUUUCUGUAAUGAAUUUAAACUGUAUAUAACCUGUGAUAUUUCAGGACUUAAAUUCAGUAUUAUUUCUGAAUUUAAUACAAGGUAGAUAACUCUCAUCUGUAAAAGUGGAAGGGCUUGCCAAUAGAUCUCCUGGCUGCUAAAGUGUAUAUUCUGGUAUAUCAGAUAGAUUUACAACAGUGGCAGAUUUUAGGCUGACAUUUCAAUGACUACACUAUCAUCGUGAUUAGACAAAUGACCAGUGUGAAGUGUACUACUAUGUACAGCACUGACAUAUGUAAUGGGACUUUUUGGCUUUGUUUUAAUCUUAUGUAAACUAAGAUAGCAUGAAAAGAUGGGAAAAAUUGUGGAAAAAAAAUACACAAGAUGAUAACAUUAUAUCGUUGUUGAUUCAGCUAUGCUUCAUUUUUAACACUGGGUCACGCUGGUUAUCUGUCUGAUAAGGGUACCAGUGUAGUUAAUUGAAACAUCACACUUAAAUCCUUUACUGGUUGUGUUAUAAGAACUUCUUUUCAUAUCACCAAAGCGAAGAGAAAACUUUCAAUGAUCUGAUAUAUCAGAGUACCCUUCCUUAGUUGACAGCUGAGGAGUAGGAACAAUGUUCUCUACCUUUUUGGUCCAUUCCAAUGACAUGUAAGGCUCACUGUGAUUAUCAAAUGCUUUUUAUCUCAUGCUGCUGUUCAGGAAAGCAAAUGUUUACCUGACGUGUAGCUUUGAUCUAUUCCAAUUUCUGUAUAAAGUGAAUUUAAGUUUUAUGCAAGGAACAGGUGAAAACUGGUAUCAGUCAAAUACAGACAGUCAUUGAUGUAGUGUGAUAACAAGGCAAUUCCAUCCCAUAGUUUUGGGAUUUUUUUUUUUUUAAUUCUGUGAGAGAGGUCAAUUUGUAAACUGAUUUAAAUUUUGUUCAUAAAAAAUCAAACAUAUGGCUGAACUAAUUUCAUAUUUGUUCAUUGUUUUUGUCUUGAAACCUUAUACUGCAGAAAUCUUGUCUGCCAACUUUUGUUUAAUGAAAACAUGAUGAAAAUAUUCGUAGUUGAUAUGUAAUUCUUCUGAAAUCUAUUUCACUCCACUCACAGAGAGAAUUAAAAUUGUAAUACUUAAAAAUAUAGCAGACUUGUAUCUUUUUCCAUGAAGUAACUCUUUUAUUCAAGAAGUACUGACCUCGUUUUAAGUAAGGCAUGCUUAAUUCCCCAACUUGUAGCCUAUCAUGAUUUUGGUUCUGAAAUAUGUAUGAGGUGGUAAAUGUAUGGUUGUCAAAUUUGAACAAAUCAUUGUAAAUAAAUUUUAUAUUUACACAGGU